AUGUCUGAACUUUGGGGAGUCCCAGCUGCCUCCGGGGCUGGUUUUCCUGUUUCCUGCCUCAGUAGGAGACCAGUAAAAUGGAGCAAAGUGGUAGGUACUUUUUAUGAAGACGGCACAGUCUUCCCCUUUUUCCAGAUCCCUAAGACUUUUCAAAUAAGAGGCUCAAGGGGCAUUGCUUUUGGUCUGGAGCAUGGGAGCCCUGUCUUCGCUGAGACCUGGGCUUGUCAGCUCUCUCCAGAGGCGUCUGGCAGCCUCUGCCUUGCCUUUAGCCCCUCCCAAGCUGGCUGGGGUGGCUUUUGUGGCCACGCUGUCCGAAUAUAUAGGUACCCAAUAGCUGCCCAUUUCUUGAGCCUCAUCUUCACCCGGGCCCACGUUGGUCCAUCCAGCUUGCCAGCUGAUGCAGAGAAUUACAAGUCCUGA